CACUACACUUGCUUCACCCACUGUUUUAUAGGCUAAUUGCUUCGUGCAAAGAAAGAAACAAUAACAAAUCUGUGACGAAUCACCCUGACUUGCCAGUUCUUAUCUCAUUCUCCAACUCCAGCUGUCCUCUAGCGUCAACUGACGGCGUAUCAGGCGUUGCGUUUGCUUGAGGCUAGGAGUGGUAUCAAUGUUGUGGGCAAAGUUCAUCGAGGAACGCGCAUUUCACCAGUCGCGUACACAACUAGCAGUUGUCGUCCGCAACAUUGUCAUGCUUGUGCAUUGCGUGUGUAACUAAUCCAGUGCUACUGAGAAUGACGACGCCGCUGAAGCCAUGGGAGUCGUCCAAUGGCUUGGGAAAUAAAGGACAAAUCAUCAGCAGCUCACAGCUACCAGCUGGCUUAAGUGGAUUGAGAACAACUACAGCUGCACCACCUUCAUUACCACCUAGACCACAAAGUUUAAACAUGGGGAGUUAUGGAGGAUAUAGUUCAGGAUAUUCACCUUAUUCAUCAAUGGGUAAUUCAUAUGGCAGUUAUGGAUCAUUAGGGUGGCCUGGAAGAAGUUUAUAUAGUGGUGGCUAUGGUAGUGGAUACAACAGUUAUGGAGGUUAUGGUGGAUAUGGUGGCUACAGUGGUUCCUAUGGAUCAUCCUAUGGAAUGUAUGGAAACAGUUAUAUGAAUGGAAUGGGUGUCAGAGAUGAUGCUGAGAGCAGAUUUAUUCAGUUUGCUGAAGAGAGCUCAAGAAACACUUUUGCAAAUGUGGAAUCAAUUGUGAGAGCAUUUAAUGGUAUUGCAAUGAUGUUAGACAACACAUUUUUUGCAAUGACGAGUUCGUUUCGUGCGGUGCUCGGUGUUGCGGAAAAUUUCGGACGACUUCGUUCGAUGUUUGGUCAUAUUUGGCAUGCAGUGAAUAUUUUCCGGUUGUUCUCGUGGUUGCAUAGGAAACUCUGCGGCAUGAUGGGCGUCAAAGUACCACCGACUACGAACAACUUGGCGUGGAAUGAAGCAGUUAGUGGGAUCACAGCAGAAGCGGCGGGAAGUUCUGGAUCCAGUUGGCCCACUUUGGCUUUCUUUGGGAUUCUCAUCUCUGCACCUUACUUCAUUAGUAAAUUGUUGCCAAAAUUUGAAGAUAAAUGCAACCCACAGAAAUGGGAAACAAACGGAAUUAAAGCAAAGGCCGUGUUUGAUUUUCCCGCAACAUCACCAAAUGAACUGACUCUGCACACCAACGACGAGAUUACUCUGGCACCCAAAAAUGUACAAGAAGAAAUGCGUCUAAGUAAUUCUGGCUGGGCAUAUGCGACCUGCAAUGGCCGUUCGGGCGUCGUACCUUUAAAUUAUAUUGUUAUCGUUAAGAAAGUUUCACCUUCACAACCUGUUACUUGUACCUCUAAAUCUAAUCCUACUGAUCCUGUUUUCAACAAACCUAUCUAUAAGCCACAAGUAUCCGCACCAGUCACGCCCGUAUCAGUUCUUUCUAAUUCCAAUACGAAUAGCACCAAUAAUACACCAAGAAAAGUGCAAAAACGUGUUAGUUUUGGCGAAACUCAAAUUUUUGAUACAGAGACCAAUCAAACUUUUAGUCAACCAAUUCCUGUUAAUUCUGCCAAAUGUGAGGACACUUCUAAUACAAAAUUAGAUAACGUAAUCACGUUGCCGGAACAUGAAACAGAAACUGUAAUUGAAGAAAGCAAACCUGAAACUGUGUGUAAAACCGAAACUGUUGAGACCACAGUUAAGACAAAGCCUCAAGUAAAUGAGUAAACAAUAAUAUCUCUGUUACAAUAACGAUGGAUAAGUUUAACUAACGUUUUAAUAGUAUUUUAUAUUUUACAUUAUACAUAUUGUACAUGUGGGCAUGGGGGCUGUGGGGGCAACAUUUUUUAAUAAUUGGAAUGCUUGUAAUUGAAACCAAAAAUUGUUUAAAUAAAUAUGUUGUUUUGUGUAAAUAA